ACGCAGCCGACAACGCAAGUAAUUCCUUCUCUCUCACAGGAAUCUGAGGUUUCAGCAAUGGACUCUCUCUCAGCAUCAAACGGUAGCUUUACUCUCGACCUUUUCAAAAAGCUGAAUGAAUCUUUUAAAGGCAAAAACAUUUUCUUUUCCCCUUGGAGUAUUUCAUCUGCUCUGGCCAUGACUUAUGUGGGGGCAAAAGGUAACACUGCAACGCAGAUGGCUGAGGUGCUUCAUUUUAAGAAAACUACGGGAACUGGAGGCUGUUUGCAGGUGACAAGAACUUCUCGUGGGAGGCCAAAGAAAAGGAAGAUGGAAUCUGAGGACUGCAAAGCUGAAGACAUUCAUUCUGAGUUCCAGGCAUUAAUCUCUUUAAUCAACAAACCCCAAACUUCUUAUUUGCUUAAAACUGCCAACAGACUGUAUGAGGAACAGACCUUCCAAUUCCAUAGUGGAUACGUAGAAUUUGUUAAAAACUAUUACCAGGCAGAGCCCCAAGCAGUUAACUUUAGAAAAGCUGCAGAACAAGUCAGAAAAGAAAUCAAUUCCUGGGUUGAAAGCCAAACUGAGGGGAAAAUCCAGAAUCUGCUGCCUAGAGGUUCUGUUGAUCCCAACACCGCACUGGUCCUGGUUAAUGCCAUUUACUUCAAAGGAAAAUGGGAAAAGAGAUUUCUGAAUGAAAACACAUCUGAGAAUCCCUUCAGAUUGAGCAAGACCAAGACUAAACCGGUGCAGAUGAUGUUUCUAAAAGAUACAUUUCCAAUAUGCUACUUGGAAACAAUGAAGGUCAAAAUUGCUGAGCUUCCAUACGUUAAUAAUGACCUCAGCAUGCUCAUUCUAUUACCAGAUGACAUUGAGGAUAAAUCUACUGGUCUGGAACAGCUAGAGAGGGAAUUGACCUAUGAGAAGUUAUCGAGGUGGACCAGCCCAGAAAUGAUGAAGACAACUGAAGUGGAGUUGUUUCUGCCCAGGAUCAAGCUGGAAGAGAGCUAUAACCUCAAGUCCACUUUGAGCAGUAUGGGGAUGAAAGAUGCCUUCAUUCAGAGCCAAGCUGACUUCAAAGGGAUGUCUGAGAAUAAUGAUCUGUUUUUGUCACAAGUUUUUCACAAGUCCUUUGUUGAGGUCAAUGAAGAGGGCACUGAGGCUGCAGCUGCCAGUGCAGUCGUUGUAGUAGUGAGAUCAUCUUUAAAUCCCAUAAGAUUUAAGGCAGAUCACCCUUUCCUCUUCUUUAUCAGACACAACAAAACCAACAGCAUCCUCUUCUUUGGCAGAUUCUGCUCCCCCUAG